AUGAGAGAGGCGAAUUAUAGAUCUGUGACGGCAAAUCGUGCCACAGUAAUUAUAUCGCAGACAGUAUAUGAUAGAAGAGCGCUUGAUAAUGUGGCAGACUUACCUUUAAUCAAUUCUUUGAACCAUCUAGCGGCGCUAUGUUCAAAUUCGGAGCUGAUACGAGAAGCUAUAUCGCAGGAUGGCGCGUUAGAACGAUUAGUUUCGAUAUUACAUGAAUGCUACAUUCCGUUGGCAAAUUUGCCGCAAAACACAUUGAACCAGAAUCUAAAUCCAUUACAAACGGUGAAACGGGAUCGGCAGCUGGCGUAUUUGUCGUGGAAAUGGACGUUGGCGUACCAAUGUUUGGUGUUGACUGGUACUAGAGGGACGCCGUAUAUGCGGGAACAAGUGGUAAAAUCGGGGAUCAUUCCGAUUAUAGCCACAGUUUUAGACAACUACAUGAUAUAUGCCAAGAACUUCGACUUUAUAAAUAACACGCCAAUACCGUUCACUUUCAGCGAACUUGUGGAUAUGGAUUCGGAUCUAUUCCAGCUAACGGAGGAAGAGUUACAGACGCUGAACGAAAUGGUGGAUCCCUCGGAUCCGUAUUAUAAGGAAUACAUGGCAAUGGAGAAGCUGAAGCUUUUGGUAGGUCAAGCUGGGAACCAGUUUGGAUUUGAUCUCGAGAAUGUAGCGGGACUGCAUUUGAAGCCAAACGUGGUGACAGAGUUAGACACUGACUGGCAAAGUAUGGCGCAAGAAGAACUUUGUGUUCCAUUACCUGGUUCAGCUUUGGAAAACGUACUCAUUAUGCCUCCUAGAAGGUUCUUCCUGGGUAAGAUGAUACCUGAAUUAGACGAUGUUACGUGGGCCGUGCAACUGUUGGCGUUUUUGACCAAGAAUACAGCUGUGAAGCCCGUGUUGCAAAAAACAACUCUUGUCGACUCGCUCUCGUUCAGGCCUAUUCUUGAGAACGCAAAGCGCAGGAUGUCGCGGACCAUGGAACUAGACAUGACCCCAUUAAGCUUACAUGCGGAGGCAAGCGAUGAAGGAGAAGACGGCGAAGAGGAAGAGGAAGAAGACGAUGACUCCGAAGAACCCCCUGAAGACAGAAUGGAUCUCUCUCCGGAUGUAACUUUGAUCGGGAAAUACUUUAAGGAAAUAGAACACCUCUUCGUAACGAAGCAGAAAGAGCAUGAAGAAGAAGAGAUAUAUACGGAGAAAGUAGACGAUAUCUUAAGUGUUAGGAUCAAAAAAGAGGAGGUGCUACGCGAAAACUUCAAACAAUAUUGCCAGCAACAGGAAGAAUGCUCAAGAGAACUAACAAGCGAAGAUUGGAAUAGAAUAUUCAACUACGACACCAUAAACCUGUUUGCAUUGGUUGAAAGAUUCACCGUUAAGGGUUCCUUGAAUGGAAUGGUCAACUACUGGAGUUCUGUCAUCAUGCGUAACUCCUGCAGAAAACAUGAGGCAACAGGCGUUCGCCAAUGCGCAAACCUAAAUUGUGGGAAAUGGGAAGACCAUCCCAAACAAUUCCCCAAAUGUAGGAGGUGUAAGCGUACAAAAUAUUGUUCCAGACUAUGCCAACUAGAGUCCUGGGAUUACCACCGAUUCUGGUGCCAAGAAUCGCAUUCUAAUACCACCGCUGGAACUCCAACUUCUGCAGGAAAUAAUGCGCCAUCUACGAGUGCUGAUGCUGACAAUGAUGCUGAUGCUGAUACAAAUACAGCUACUCCAACAGGGUCCCACACUCCACUGGCCACAAGCGCAGGAUCAGAAGCGGAAACAGAUCCUGCACAAAUACUAAACGAUCAAGUUAACCCACGCCCGCAAGAAGCAACUACCAUCCCUCCAACAAGUGCUGCAUCGGAUAUUGCUACUAAUGAUGCAGUAACAGCCCCAACAACGGCCACUGGGCUUGCUCCAGGUGCUCGAACGCCAUAG